AGUAAAUUUAUAAUAAAACGGGCUAGCCGACUAUUGAAGUUCGAGUGGGAAAAGCAUAAAAUCCAUUGUAUUUAGCCAGAACAUUCAUAGAUCCUGUGUUAUAAAAUAAAGUAAUAUAUAUAUAUAUCGUCAAGAAUAGAAUACUCAUUUUACAGCUUUUGUAGUCUAAAUUAGAUUUACUAUUCACCAUGCUUUCUCGAGGGUUACUUACCAACCCUUCGCCUGAAACAAGGAAACCGCCAUAUCUCAAAAAAGGUACCACCCGAUACUAAAUUACAAAAAUGCAAGCUGUUCAACCUUCUACUACCGAUAAGCUUAAGAUGGGAGCUAUAAUGGGAUCGGCUGCUGGACUUGGUAUUGGUUUCCUUUUCGGUGGCAUGGCCGUAUUGCGAUAUGGACCUGGUCCUCGCGGCUUUUUAAGAACCUUAGGUCAGUAUAUGCUUACUUCUGCCGCUACUUUUGGUUUCUUCAUGUCCAUCGGUUCGGUCAUUCGUAACGAGGAUAUUCCUCAGUUGGGUUACAAAGGUUCUGACUGGUCUCCAAAAUUAAUGCAACAACGUUCCAUUUAUGAUCGAAUUUUAGCAGAAAGCUCCCGUCGUGAGAAGAUUGCAUCUAACGCUUCCAAGUCGGAGUAAUUCCAUACCCAUCAUUCUUUGUCCAAUUUCAGAAAGAAGGAAUUUAAGUAUCAACUGAUUGUUUUUGGCAGAAAAAACUACAGAAAGCUAAUCUUUUUUUGUAUUUCCCAUUGCUUUAAUGUUAGGCUUAAUUGAACAGGAAAAAAAAAAGGAAAGAAAAAAAUACUAUUAGUAGUAUAUACAUAAAGAAUGCUGAAAUAAAUCUUUUAACAUUAUCAAAAAGACCACAAUGUUAUAUAAUAAGCAAGUAUUUUCGUC